UGGCCUGGUGCUACAUAGGGCAGCCGUCCGAUGCGAUGCUAACGCAGUUCUGGCAGAAAAAAAAUCCAAAUGCUUUUCCCGAUAACCGGCUCCGUAGAACUCGGUAAUUAUUAAAAUAGCCACUAUAGUAAAUAACUAGAUUUUAUCUUAGACAAAAUACUGGCUUCAGACAUAUAUCCCACUUUAGCUUCAAUACGUAGUUUGAUCAGUUUUUUCAGAUGAAAUCUAUGUGUCCCGUGACGAAGUGCCGACUGAUUCAUUAGACUGAAGCUGGUCUGCCAAUGGCACCUUUUAGUUCACUUGCUGUUUGUGCAAGCAAUAUAUCAGCAAGGGAUGAAACUAGCUCAAUGAGUAUUAUUGAUACUAUGAACCGAGCAAAUGUACUUGACAAAUGGCGUCUAUUAGGGAAAAUUUGUCGUAAGCAUGAUCUAAACAUGAAGACUAUGAACAAGCCGUAUCAAUUUUGCACCGGAAAUCCAUUGGUUUCAACUACCGAUACCGACUUCCAGAGGAAAAACUGUUCACAACAAUGCUGACCUUUGGCCUCUGACGGGCUCACAAGGACUCUGACUCAUGUGAGAAACCUGAGGGUCUAUAUCUGUCCCUUCUCCGCUUUCUUCUAAUUAUGUGACAGCUGUGUCCGACAGGCCCAGGUGCAAACAUCGCCCCGAGAAAGCAUCGUGGUUAACGUGUUUACGUUUGAAGCGUUGAGUCACGUGGUGAUCUGGGUUCGAAGCCCGGCACACGCUUCGUUUCCUGGUGGAAGUUACGCGUCUGCUGCACUGGCUAACGUCAAAUUCGGAGUAUUUAAUUCUAGUUUCGCAGCAUCGCCCAGCUACGGCCAGCGCAGGUCGAACGUUGGCCGCUUCGUCUCUUACUCGACACGUUGUUCGUCCCCUCGCCAGUCCUUCUUACUCUCUCAGUUUUGCAGCUGAUCGCGGGUACUCUCGUGCGAGUUCGGCGGCAGACUCUUCCGUCCGUUGGCUAUUUGGGCAGCAAGCCUGUCUUCUUGAAUGGCUCUCGUCGACCGAUGGACCAGCGCACCGACACGCAUCCAUAGAGGAACCGACGUCACACAGCCGGCGUUCUUUAUGUAUUAGAGUCUGCUCAGCGACAGGCAAUGGGCCCAAAGGCUCGAUCUUUACAUGCUUGCCGUGGCUUGCCGCUACUUGGUUUAAGUGAUCAUUGUGAGCUGUACUCUUCAUAAGUGCCUUUGCUUCACCACCACCACCAACAGCAGUAGCAGUAGCAGUAGUAGCAGCAGCAGCAGCAGCUUCUAUCAGCUCUAGAAUCCCCCGGCAGAGACUAGAGCUACUGCACAUACUGCCGCGAUAUUGUUCCGACGGCUUUCUAGUCGUGCAUUGAGCGUUGAGGAAACCCAGCCUCAAAAGUCUGUAGCGGCAAGCGCAGAGCGUGGGGUAUCUGUUGGGUGUGGGUUCUAGCGUUGCCUCUUUACACAGGCAAAAUAGUAUGGCAAAGGACAUCGUAUGUGUUUGUGGUUAAUCCCCUGCGCAGCCUGUCACAGUGGAUUGAGCGCCUUUGAGCUUCGCGUGCGAGAAACCGGGUUGAUCCUCUGACUAGCGCCGGAAACACGAAAACAUCAACAAUAUCCACGCUGUGUCCUCGGCCCUGCUGAGAGAUCCGAGGACAGAUCAGAAACAUCGGACGACGUAUGUAACCAUCUAUAACAAUGUUAACACGGCAAUGCCGGCCGUGACCAAGAAGCAAAAUGCGAACGACGCCCGGGCUCAGUGUAUUGACGGGGCCACGUCCAAGGAGUGUUCAAUAUACCAGCGGCAUAAAAAUCUCAGAGUGGAUAGCAGGCACGUACUAAAAACUUUUUCAGGCCCACCCUGGCUGUCUGCCACAGUAGCUAUCUGACUCGCGAACCAAGAGCUAACGAGGUGCACAGUUAUGGAUUCGAGUGAAAUCAUCAUAGAAGACAGGCGAAGUCUAUUAACAUGGCUGUUGACCUUAGGGGCCACGUGUAUGAUCGGCCUGAGUGGAAUUUUACCUCUAUUAAUCAUUCCGCCGGAAAUGGGGCUUCGACUACGGGAAAAUAGUGAAACUGGUGGGGGUACACUUCGGCUACUACUCGGGUUCGCUGUUGGCGGGCUGCUCGGUGACGUCUUCCUUCAUCUUCUUCCCGAAUCGGUAGAAAUAUUAAAAAACACAGGUGGAUACACGGACGACGAGUCUGCCCUGCGCGCUUCCGGAAUAUGGACCCUUGUGGGAUUGUUUACGUUCGUCCUGGUUGAACUGUUGUUCGCUGCACACCAACGCUUACAGGAAGAAUACGAGUUAGGUGAAGACAAAAAGGACGACGAUCAUGCAAUACACAGUAACGGGAAGGUCGAUGUUUACGGGAAUAACGUUAAUAAAAAUAACAGUCGUCUUAAUGGCAACGGGUCAGUUCCCUCGAACAAGACGAGGCCUAGGAACGAUAGCUCAGAUCUCAUUCACGUUUCAGGUUAUUUAAACCUUAUUGCAAACAGCAUCGAUAACUUCAGUCACGGACUCGCAGUGGCAGGAAGUUUUUUGGCAGGAAUAAGGGUCGGCUUGAUUACCACCUUUGCAAUUUUGCUACAUGAAAUUCCUCAUGAGGUCGGGGACUUCGCUAUACUGCUUAAAUCGGGUUUCUCACGGUGGCAGGCGGCUCGUGCCCAAUUAAGCACAGCGGCUGUCGGCGUCUUUGGGGCCAUAGCUGCCUUGUCCGUUGAGCGAGUCGAGUCGUUAGGCAGCUGUACUUCGUGGAUUCUGCCAUUUACGGCAGGGGGCUUUAUCAACAUAGCCCUGAUCGGAGUGUUACCUGAACUGUUAAAAGAGCGCAACCCGGGGGAAUCGUUAAAACAGUUCGUCUGCGUGUUCCUCGGAGUCGCUCUGAUGGCCGCUCUUCAGUUACUAAUGCACUGAACUUAUUUUCUGAGAACUCUGUCUAACUUCACACCCAAAGAAUUUUUCACAAAUUCGUAUAUUCAAUCCAUGAAGCGACUUUUCAGCUCCAGAUACCAGCCGACUUUGCCCCAUGUGAUCAAUUUGACCAUCUUCACAUAAACGUACAUAGUUUAUCUCUUGAAAAGCGAAGGAUGAACUCGCUCAGUUGAUGAGGAAACUGUGAAAAGUAUGGCCAUGUCUACGUUUGCUGCCAAAAGUAACACCGUAUGUCUGUCUCUAGCUCAGGCCGUUCGAAAAAUGAAGCUUUCGCAAGUUCUUUGGUUUUUCUCCUUGUUUCGAGGGAUCGACUUUUUUUUUUUGUCCUAUCUAUUGCAGCGUCUCUCAAGGAGAGCUUAAUCUUACGUCGAACUAUAUCGUGAAUACGUAUAUUUCUAGUGUUAGGGUCAUUCUUAUUUAUUUGUUCUGCAAAAAAAGCAUCGAACCUAAUAUUUACUAUUAUAUACUGAACAAGUCUCCUGUAAUGAAACGUUGAGUAAAGUCCUGGCCUAUUAGAACCAGGGUAUUGUAUUUGAAUUAAUAUGUUCUGAUCAAAUUUGUGCGAGAUUAUACAGUUUUAGCUUUGAAUAACACUGAAACACUCUGAGAGCAGUAAUUAACUCUUAUGAAUUAGUAAUAUGAUUAGUAUUAAAAAAAAA